AUGGCAGUGGAGAUACUAGAGUCCUGCGUGGUGACGCCCGGCGAGGCGACGCCCAAGCACCGGCUUUGGCUCUCCAUCUUGGACCUCGUCCAGGGCAGGACCCACACUCCCCAAGUUUACUUGUACCACCUCUGCCCGGACUCGGCCGCCUUCUCGCCGGACAUGCUGAAGGCAGCUCUGUCCAAGGCGCUCGUCCCCUUCUACCCAAUCGCUGGCCGCCUCAGAUCGGACACCUCUGGCCGCCUCGAGAUCGACUGCACCGGCGACGGGGUGCUCUUUGUCACCGCCCGUGCCGACGCCACCCUCGACGAGCUAGAAAGCCCCGCGCCGUCGGAUGAGCUGCGGCGGAUGCUUGUCCCGUCGGCAGACCACACCGGCGCCUUGGCCAUGUUCCAGGUGACGUUCUUCAAGUGCGGUGGGGUGUGCGUCGGCACGGCAAUCAACCACACGGUGUGUGACGGCCGUGCGUUUGGCCACUUCUUGAAGAUGUGGGCUGCCAUCGCGAGGGGCGACAGCGAGGAAGCCAUCUUGUUGCGGCCAAGCCUCGACCGCACGCUGCUCCGUGGACGUUCGCCGCCAGCAGUGCGCUUCCAGCACAGCGAAUACCCGCUGCGUGGCAGCGUACCGUCGGCGACGAAGGUGCCAUUCGACACUGCCGUCUUCCCUGUUUCCAAGAACCAAGUCGACGCGCUCAAAGGCGCCGCCGGUGCUAGUGCCAGCAAGAAGGUCUCCACUUACAGCGCUAUGGUGGCGCAUGUAUGGCGUUGCUCGUGCAUCGCGAAGGGCCUCAGUGGAACGGCGGACUCUCGGAUGUAUGUGUCGGGUUGCGUGCGCUCGCGCAUGCGUCCCCCUCUCCCGGUGGGCUACCUCGGCAACGCCAUCGCCCGCACAAGGACGACUGCCACCAAGGUGAAGGACAUCGUCUCGAGCCCGCUCGACGCCGUCGCCGACAAGGUCUCCGCCGCCGUUGCUCGGAUCAGCGACGAGUACGUACGGUCGCUGGCAGACUACUUGGAGCUCGCCAUGAACAACGCGCCGGGAUUGCACCUGGGGACGUGGGCCGUCCCGGACACUGACUUGUAUGUCGUGAGCUGGAUUGGGUUGCCCCUCAUCGACGUGGACUUCGGCUGGGGCCGGCCAUCAUUCGUUGGCCGGGCCAUCCUCAACGAGAGCAACUUCCUGUACCUUGUGCCUAGCCCAGACGGCGAUGGCCAGCUCAAUGUCACCGUUUCUAUGGAGCCACAAGCGCUGUCCAGGUUCAAGGAGCUGUUCUACGAGGGGCUCAAGCAUUACUCACUGGUGUCACAGAAACAAGUUGCUCAAGAUGCGCGUGUGUGCUGGUCUAGUGGCCUGAUCAAUUCGGCACUCUGGGACCCGCCGUCUGGAAAGUCCACAGACUUCGUCACUGCUUUUGUUGCCCCGAUCCCCAUACGUGCUGCUGCUGCAUUCUCUUCCAGGUGCGCGAAGCAAGAGACUUCAUGCAGGAACAGAGGUGGCUCUGCUGCGCGCAUGGGAGAAAAGCAGACGCAGACUCAGACGCAGCAGCGGCUGGCCCUUGUAGGCCUUUGCAGGCGGGCACCGACGAGCCCCUGCAGGCUGCAGAGUGCAGACGGUGGUCACCGCCGGGCGCCCGGGCCCCUGUAG